AUGGUUGGGCAUGAUGGGGGCCCGCCUCCUUCAAAGAAAUUGAAAACAUCCAGCAAUGGAUACCAGGCGAACUCUUCGGGUUCUGUUCGUCAUGAUCAUGAAAGACUCCUGUCUUUGAACAGAUCUAUAACACCUCCGCUCUCUCGGAAUCAACAGCCUCGGAAACCUGAGAGUCCUUCGGGACCAGGGCUGCCAUCCAGACAGAAGAUUAUUCCAUCACCAAUCCAACUCACUCAUAUCCGUGAUAUCAGUGAUUCAACGGGAUAUAAUGAAGGCUGUAUCAAGCUCCGGGACAUUCUUGGAGAUCCCAUGAUUAAGGAAUGCUGGCAAUUCAAUUACCUUUUUGAUGUGGACUAUAUCAUGGGUCAAUUUGACCGUGAUGUGAAGGAUCUUAUCCAGCUGAAAAUAAUUCACGGAUCUUGGAAGAAAGAAGCUCCAAAUAGGAUUGCCAUCGAUGAUGCAUGUAAGCGAUACCCAAACGCCGAGGCAGUUGUGGCAUAUAUGCCUGAGCCCUUUGGAACCCAUCAUUCAAAAAUGAUGAUUUUGAUUCGACAUGAUAACCUAGCACAGGUCAUAAUUCAUACUGCAAACAUGAUACCGAGAGACUGGGGAAAUAUGACCCAAGCAGUUUGGAGAUCCCCGUUGCUUCCUCUCUCGCAGUCCCAGGUGGAUGAUACCUGUGGGGUGUUUGGAAGCAGCGCCCGUUUCAAGCGAGACUUGCUUGCUUAUUUGGAGGCGUAUAACAAUAAAACGAUCAAUAUUCUCAUUCGCCAGCUACGACGAUAUGAUUUUGGAGCAGUGAAAGCCCUGCUAAUUGCUAGUGUUCCUACAAGAUUGCCGGUUAAGGAAUUUGACUCCAACAGGAGGACCCUCUGGGGUUGGCCUGCACUGAAGGAUGCCAUUGGUUCCAUUCCUAUAGACCGCAGCUCAUCCCAGGCGCAGAACCCCCAUAUCAUCGUUCAGGUAUCGUCCAUAGCUACGCUUGGACAGACUGAUAAGUGGCUGAGAGAAACAUUUCUACGCUCACUGUGCCCUCAACCUGAAGUUAAUCAGAGCCGUUCUACUUCCAAUGUGAAGUUUUCCAUAAUCUUUCCUACGCCUGAUGAAAUAAGAAGAUCAUUAGAUGGUUAUGGUUCCGGGGGGUCUAUUCAUAUGAAAAUUCAAAGCCCCCCUCAGCAAAAGCAGCUGGCAUAUUUACGCCACUAUUUGUGUCACUGGGCAGGGGACGCUGAAGAUCCAAAGAACUCUGAUCCUGCCACAAAAUCCGACAGGGUACGGGAGGCUGGAAGGAGGAGAGCUGCGCCUCACAUAAAAACUUACAUCCGGUUUUCCGAUUCAGACAUGAACAGCAUCGACUGGGCAAUGAUUACAUCCGCUAACCUCUCGACCCAGGCAUGGGGAGCUGGGGCUAAUACCCAGGGGGAGGUGAGAAUCUGCAGCUGGGAAGUAGGGGUGCUCAUAUGGCCGGACCUUUUCCGCGAGGAAAAUAUAGAGGAAUGCAGUGACAGCUCAUUAACCAACUAUGUCAAGAUGAUCCCUUGCUUCAAGCGCAAUGUCCCCUCUGAGAAGCCACUACAAACAUCGGAGAACGACUCCACAAAAGUGACCUUGCAUUCGGACGCCACGAAUAUGACAAGGGUUGGACUGCGCAUGCCGUACGACCUUCCACUCAUUCCGUAUACCCCUCAAGAAGUUCCGUGGUGUGCCACAGCUGUCCACCGGGAGCCGGAUUGGAUGGGUCAGACCUGGGAAGAGAGCGAUUAA